UUAUCAAUAUUGCAAGCUCAAUAAAGUCGGUAGACAACUGAGUUCAGAGAAAAGGUGUCCUCUGCCUAUAGGAGAUCGCAUUGGUAACAUUGUAAGCCUACUUAAUGCUAUGUCUGGCAUUCCUCUAGCAGAAUCUUGGUAAUUCAAAAUCAUGUAUUAAUGUUUGGCAUCAAGGCUGUUUUGAUUGGAUCAUUUCCUCCCGGUAUUUCAUGCAUAACACAUUUUGUUUCUUUUAGAUAUUCCAAUGUCUCACUGUGAGUUCUCGUUGCCCUUCUCAACUUCUUGAAUUAAUAUUUCUUUGUGGUGUCUUCCCAAUACAGGAUAGUCCUCAAGAAAUCUCGUAACAUGGGUGUUGUACGUCGACUUGGUAUUAAGCAUAUGCUCCUGUUCUUCGCAUUCUUUGUACUAAGCCAACUCCUUCUAGCCAUUUUACCCUCGAACCCGAUUGGAAAUCCGAUAGGCGAUCUCAGGGAGUUUCCAGUUCUGAAUGACCAAGUGGUGUAUCCUAGAACCGACCAUGACCGGAAGGUCUUGGAAAUAGGACAAGGAAUGCUGCAAGAUUUCAAAGAAACGAGAGACAACAAUUCAAACCCAAGGGUUCAGUCUCAGAAAGCAAGUGAUGUCGAUCAAGGAAACGGUCGUGCGCUAAAUAAAGAAGCAGAUCCAUUGGCAGUUUUGCCCAAGCGGAGUGGACCCGACAGGACUAAAAUGCAAGAUGUGGGGCCAAAGAAAGUAAAUGUCGAGAGUAGGUCAAAAGUCAAAUACAUUCUACCGGUGCUGCUCGGCAACCAAGGAACAAACAAUCAAAUCCAAGCUGUCAAACUGGUAUCCAUCAUUGCGCAAAGGCGGAACCUGACGCUCGUCCUUGCUCCGUUUUUCGACCAUGGACCGACAUUGGAAAAACAGCUUCCUCACACGUUUGAAGAAACCCUCGAUCCCGACGUCCUGUCCGAAUUCGUGCCCGUGGCAACCAUGGAAGAAUUCGAAAGCCAGUGCAAUCAGAAAGCGGACGUCGUGUUUCUUGGCACCAAUAUGGUGAUAAAUCAGAGCCAAUCUCAAACCGAUCAAGUAAAUCAACACGUCGGUGAUACCAUUGAGAUAUAUUACAACUGGACUAGAAUCAAGAUACCUUCAACUUUUCUGCACACGAAUCAUUCCGAUGAGGUCAUCCAGAUUGCUGCUGAUCUACCAUACUAUGUAGCCGUUGAUGAUUUUCUCGAUCGCUACCCAGACUCGCUGACAACUACACAUAAAUGCAAUGCAUUCCUGUACCCGUAUGGGUAUCUAGGUCGACUGGUAUACUGGGAGCAUAUAAGUCGAUAUACCAAGUACUUUGUUAGGGGGAAAGAAGUCCGAGCUAUUGCGCAAAACUUUAUAAAAACUGCUUUGCAAAAUAAUAGCUACGUCUGCAUACAUUGGCGAUUCAACGAAGAGUGGAAAAAUGGAUGGUGCAAAAAGGACUAUGCGGCGGACCUUUGUAACUCAUUAGACGCUCUUACACCGUCCAAACUGGCGAUGGCCGUAUCGAAGUUUAUGGCGGAGAAUGGUUUAAAAGGUGCAUAUUUUGCAUCAGAACUUGAUAAUGCGAAUGACUUAAUCCAAGGUCUUCGUAUCGGAGUUGUAAACUGUUUUAUGACGGGUGAUCUCAUUGACGGAUCUCCAAAACUAUCACGUCAUAACAACUACCUGACGUCAUUAGUAGAACAGGAGAUCUGUAAAGAAUCCGCAUUCUUCCUGUCAAGCCGUCUCUCAUCGUGGUCUGAUAUGGUAAAACAAGAUCGAUUCGACCAAAAAUGGCGAGAGGUGAAUGCACUAUUCUAACAGCAGAGAAGUCAUCUAAGAAGCUUAUAUGAUAUAUCGACAUAUCUGCUUCGGAUAGAUAGUCACGCCCGUGGAGCUUCAUAACUGUAGAUUGGACUUUACGUAAAGCUUAAUUAAAGUAAGAUCUACAUGAUGAAUGUCGGUUUUUAUAGGGAGUGGAUUAAAUUUUGCUAACUCCAGAAUUGUUAAAAGCACCCGUAACCAUGGUAACAGACAUUUUGGGGAAGCAAACUUGGUGUACCAGCAAAAAGCACUUCGGCCGCCCCGCUUAGCCUGGG